AUGGCAAAAUCACUUCCGCCAAAACCAACCACGAACUCUUCACUUGCUUCAUCCUCUCUUCCUUUGAUGAUGCAGCAAGCUGUUGCCAUGCAACAAAUGCAAUUCCAGCAAGCACUGAUUAUGCAACAGACUAUGACUGCACAGCAGGCUGCUAACCGAGCUGCAACCAUGAAAUCUGCCACAGAUUUAGCCGCAGCACGGGCUGCAGAAAUAAGUAAGAAAUUGAAUCCCGAUGGACUUGAAAAUGAAGAGAAAGAGACGAAACAGAAAUCCAGAUCACCUUCUCCCCCUCCUGAAAGAUUACGAUCAAAGUCAAGAUCUCCUAUCAAUUACAGGAGAAGGAGGAAGUCUCGUUCCUACUCACCUCCCCGAAAUUCUAAGGUUAAUCGGUCCAGGUCACCAUUGAGGUUCCAUCAUCAUUCAAGGUAUGAAAGGGACUGGAGGUCCUACAGAGGCAGCAGGGAACAUAGUGAUAGGUAUAGACGACGAGAUUCAGAUAGAUUUCUUGAUAAUCAUUCAUCUGGUUCGAGAAGAAACAGAAGUAGGAGUGUGAGCCCUCAUUCAAAGAGAUCCCCUGCUUCUCCAAAACGUCAAGGAGGAAGUUCAUCUCAUAGAGGAAGGAAACAGUCUCGUGCUGAUUCUGGUUCUCCAAGUAAUCGCAGAGGAAGUAGGUCUUCUCCAAAGAUUGAUGAAAAGGCAGUGAGAAACAGAAGGCGCUCAAGGUCAAGAUCUUCAGAUGAUAAGCUUAAUUUAGACAAAAAUGAAGAAGUCUUGGAUGAAAAGGCCAAACAAAGAGAGCGGAGGAGGUCCAGGUCAGUAUCUGUGGAUGAGAAGCCUCACAGGAGCCGAUCUUCCCCGAGAAAAGUGGAUGAAAGCAGAUCCAGGAACAAGAAGCGGUCCAGGUCAACUUCUGUGGACGAUAAGCAUCAUUUGUCUGACAAAUUGGAUGAAAACAGUAAUAGAAGGUCAAUAUCUUCAGAUGAUAAGGUUAACUCCUUUGACAAAAAAGAAGAAAUCUCACCUGAAAAAUCCAAACAUAGAGAGCGAAGGCGCUCCACGUCCGUAUCUGUGGGCGAGAGGUCUCAGAAGAGGCGAUCAUCCCCAAGAAAAGUGGAUGAAAGCAGAUCCAGGCACAGGAGGCGCUCCAGGUCAAAAUCUGUGGACGAUAAGCGUCACUUGUCUAGGAAAUUUGAUGAGAACAGAAAUAGAAGAUCAAGGCAUAGUGAUAAAAGGCACUCCAGGUCAGAGUCUGAUGAAGGGAAACAUCAUUCUAAAGGUAAAUAUGAUGAAAAUAGAGAUAAAAAAUCAAAGCAUCGUGAUAGAAGGCGUUCCAGGUCGAUAUCAUCAGAAGGUAAGCAUCAUAAAGGAGGCACUUCAUCACAUAGAGACGAGAGCAGUUUUGGACAGAAAAGAUUCAGGUCAAAGUCUCCCAAUGCCAAGCAUCACUGCAGUGAUAACUAUGAAAAUAAAGAUGAACGAUCAGAGCAUCAAGAGAAAACAUUGUCUAAAUCAAAAUCAGAAAAUCAUCAGCAAUAUGACGGGAGUGGGCCCUCCCCAAGAAAUUUCAAGUAUGAAUCAAAAGGAAAAACAAAAUUGGAUUCCGCAUAUCCAGAAAUGGAUGGACUGAAAAUGCAGAAGCUGAUGAUAUCCCAGGGUGGACAUGUGUCGAAGAAGUCAGAAAUGGGAAAUUUUAAGCAAGCUUGCUUUGGAGUGGUGGAUCUCAAUGAUAUCAAAGUUUCUACCUGGCUUUUAACAAUGCUAACAAUAUAG